AUGUCCUUAGAGCCUACAGCUUCGCCAGUUCUAUUUACUCCCUCACAUCCAUGGGUCGUCGAAAACGAUUACACGUCGUUAUUGAAUGUUGUAGGAUGGUUUGGAAUCACGGUCAUCGUUUUAACUGUGUUCACGCGUUUGGGCACGAGACAGGCCAUUUCACGCACCGUAGGAUUUGACGACAUUGCGAUAGUCAUUGCGACCUUCAUAUCUAUUGGGGAAACGGUCGCUAUGUCCAUAGGUGUGAAGAAUGGCUUGGGCUGUCUCACGGGCAAGGAGACAGUGGAGCAACUCGACGCACAGCAAAAGGCAAGUCACUCGUAUCACCUCCUGGUAGUUUACUGUUGCUAA